GCUUGGCCUUUCUGUGGGGGCUCCUGAUCCUCCUGAAAUACCGGUGGCGGAAGUUGGAAGAGGAAGAGCAGGCCAUGUAUGAGAUGGUGAAGAAGAUUAUAGAUGUGGUCCAGGACCACUACGUGGACUGGGAGCAGGACAUGGAGCGCUACCCAUACGUGGGCAUCCUACACGUGCGUGACACCCUGAUCCCGCCCCAGAGCCGGAGACGCAUGAAGCGGGUCUGGGACCGGGCCGUGGAGUUCCUGGCCUCCAACGAAUCCCGGAUCCAGACAGAGUCCCACCGCGUGGCCGGAGAAGACAUGCUGGUGUGGAGAUGGACUAAGCCCUCUUCCUUCUCUGACUCAGAGCGAUAAACCCUGGGCGGGGGCCUGUUCCCAAUCAGCCUGUCCCCAGCCAGUCCCCUCCAGGGGCGUGAGAGGGCCACCAUCCUGCUGGUGCUGAGUUCACACUUGCCUUGACUUUCACCCUCCUCCUGACCCUGGUUCCAAAGGUAUCUCUGUGAGACUCUUCAGAGACGAGCUUUCAGAAGGAAAGCGUGGGCUUCCUCGAAAGGCCAGGGGAGAAGACCAGGUGGGCAGCUGCCCUCUGCGUUGGUCCGAUCCUCUCUUCCCCAUUUUGCUGGUAGAAAGGGGAGAAGGGUUUUUCAUGAAAGGAUAAAAGCUCAGCAGCCGUGAGCCCCUGCAGAGCAAGUGUGCAGCUGGCUGUGUGGAGCACGCGGCAGCGAGGUGGGCCCCGCGCCUGUGGGAGGUGGGUCGGGGUGGCGGCUGGGACCUCAGGGGUUGGGGAGCACCUUGGUCAUGUGCCUUUCGGGGGGUGUUACGUGGGAGCUCAAGGAUGAGGGGGGAAAGCCUGCCCUCUAGCUGGAUUGGGCCUCUUAUCCCGGAGGGGUAAGGUGCUAGAAAUUAGAACAAGUAUUGUAGGAGAACUGUCUAGACACGCGGCCCGGGCACGCGGGGCCUCAGGUCGGGAGGAAUGAGCAGCUAGGGUGGCCUCCCGGGAGGAACCUGGGGUCGGCGACGACGCGCCCCCGAGGUCGAGUCGCCGCCAGCCCCCAUCUGGGCGGCCCCGCCGGAGGCGGCCUCCCCGGUCCAGGCCUGCAGCCGCGGCGCAUCACCCGAUCGCGCUCCAGGACCUGGGGAUCCUCGCGCUUCCUGUGAGUGAAGAUCGCCUCGUUUACGGCGACCACGCCUCCCCACCCCGGGCACUUUGCCGGGAACGUCAGCCAGUGGUUUCAGUGCGCAGGGUGCGGCCGCACCUCCUCCCCCUGCUGGCCGCCGGGAGCGACCCAGCUGCGCGGACCUUCGCCCGCCCGCCAGCGCCUGCCCGCCAGGCGGAGCGACCUCCGGAAACCUCCGCGGGGGCCUUGUUAGUUAAGGGCCGGGAGCCUCUCCAUCAGAGCAGCAUCUCCACAAGUUCUCGUCCGCGGCGGGCGGGAGAGGGGGCGAACCGAGGAGACGGAACAGCUGCCUCCAAAAGGCAUUAAGCACCCCUCUCUGGUCUUAUUGGUAUUCUUUGUUUCCUUAAUAAAGCGCCAGUGUCUCAUUUGAGCAAUACUCUCUCUCAUUUCCUCUGAUGUCUGGGUGAUCGGCGGGGCUGGAAUCCGAGCUCCGGCGCCGUGGCAACGCAAUAGUCUCAUAAUCAGGCUCCAGCCAGAAGAAGAAACUGCGACAGGCUUCACUGUCAGGGCUGAAACUGUUGGA